UUAUUUUAUAAAAAAGGUAGAAAGUGCGUUAAUGUUUUCUUCUUAAUUGCUCGGUUGUUAUUAUUUUCGUUUAAGAAGCACAAAUUCAGCAACUGUGUACAAACAAAAUAUAAAAAAUUCGAUUCGGUUAACAAAUUUUGCAUUUGUUAGAUAAAAUCUACAAAAAAACUCAACUAUGGAUCCCGAGAAAUCAAGCAAUAGCUCUUUUGAAGAUCUUUCAAAUGAAAGCGACAUUAAAGCUGCUUCGGAAAAUAUGAUUAAGAAGGAGAAAGAAGCCAUAUCGGAAGAAACAAAUAUAAAGGACAAUGAGGGGACAAUGAAGUUGAGCGAUAUUGCAGAUUCGGAUAGCGAUUCGGGCGCUCCAGCCUCUGUGGGAGAUGAGGAGCCAUGCGAUAUACUUGGCAACGGUCAGUUGGUAAAACGUGUUCUUAAGAAAUCUAAAUUGAAAAGACGGCCGAUGCGGGGUGAAUUGGUAACUGUAAAUUUCACUGGAACUUUGGUGGACGGUACAGUUGUAGAAAAGGAGGAUUUAUUGCAAAUACAUGUGGGAGAUUUUGAAGUCGUCCAAGGUUUGGAUAUGAUUAUUCCGUUGAUGAUUGUAGGUGAAGUUGCUGAGGUAAAGGUAGACUCUCGUUUCGCUUAUGGUUCUUUGGGCUUAAAAAACGAUGACAAUCCCGAACUAAGCAUUCCACCAGAAGCUACUUUAAUAUAUGAAGUGCAUUUAAUGGAUGCAGUUUUUGAAGACUUUGCUGAUUUAAAGUCAUACGAUGUGCGGAAAAAAUAUGGCACGCGCAAAAAGGAACGUGCAAACUUCUGGUAUAAUCGCAGCGAAUACAGCCGAGCUAUACAAUUGUAUAGACGGGCAUUGGAAUAUCUAGAUGAUCGUGACGGCGACCCUGACGCUAAGUUCGACAAAGAGGACAUCGAGUUGACCAAUAUGGAAUUACAAUCCUUGCUAGACGAUCGUUUAAUUGUGUAUAAUAAUUUAGCGAUGGCGCAAAUAAAAAUUUCAGCAUUUGAUGCGGCCUUGCAGUCUGUAGAACACGUUUUGCGAUGUCAACCUGGUAAUUCAAAAGCACUUUAUCGCAAAGGCCGAAUUUUGGAUGGUAAAGGCGACACUAAAGGAGCUAUAAGCUUAUUACAAAAAGCUGCCACUUUAGAAGCGGACAAUCGGGCCAUACAACAGGAUUUGGCUAAACUUAUUAUUAAAGCUCGGCGUGAAGACCACAAUGAAAAGGAAAUGUAUCAGAAGAUGUUGGGUCAAGCUAAAAAAUUAGAACAGAAAAGCAAACAAGCCCAAAAGCAGCAAAUUGUGGAAAGCUCUAAGCUGAAACUGCUAGGCUAUUUAAUGGGUUCAAUACUCAUUGGCGUUGCUGGUGUGGCCAUCUAUCGCUAUAAAUACUAAUUGGCUGGAUGAUAUAUACUAAAGGAAUUUAUAAAAUAAAAAUCCAGAAACAAUUGAAAAAGAAAAUGAACAAAUGCUUUCUGUUUGAUAUCCCAAAAGGUUAUAAUAAAGAAGCGAGAAAUGAUUAUUUUAUUAUAUUUACAUAACAUAUAAAAAUACCUAUGUACACAUAUGCUUCAAGGCUCUUCAACUCCAUGCAAUAUGUUCAAGUUUAAAUUAGUUUUGCUAUUUUUUCGCAUUUUAUUUAAUUAAUGACAUUAACGACAUUAGUUUUGGUUGUGUUUUUCUUAUCCUUGGUUAAAAAAAGGUUUCUUGUAUCUUUUUGCUAUUCAAAUACUUAUAUUGUUAUAGCUUUUUUAGUGUUUAUGUAUAUUCAUUCCACAUAAGAAUGCAGUUAUUAAUUUUUCCUUUUUGAGAUAAGAAGACGUAAAAAAAAAAAAA